AUGUCAGAUACCUCCCAUGAGCCCACUACUAUCCCACCAACCAAACCUAUCAACCUUAACACCCCUGAAUCCUCUAAACAUGUUUCUGAAUCCCAUUCUGUUCAGACUACCACCAUUCGUCUUAAUGGUGAUAAUUUUUUGCGUUGGUCUCAAUCGAUUCGAAUGUACACGAGGAUGCGAAAAGAUGGGCUAUUUGCGGGUGAUAAGAAGGCACCUAAGGAGGAUGACUCGGCUUAUGCUACAUGGGAUGCAGAAAAUUCCAUGGUUAUGACUUGGCUGGUUAAUUCUAUGGAGGAGGAGAUUAGUUCAAACUAUAUGUGUUAUCCUACUGCUAAGGAAUUAUGGGAUAAUGUUCAUCAGAUGUAUUCUGAUUUGGAGAAUCAAUCUCAAAUUUUUGAGUUGAAUCUCAAACUUGGUGACAUAAAACAAGGUGAGGACAAUGUUACCAAAUACUUUACUGUGUUGAAAAGGAUUUGGCAAGAUCUUGCUCUUUUUGACACAUAUGAAUGGGAAUCUGUUAAAGAUGGUAAACAUCAUAAAAAGACAGUCGAGGAUAAUCAGAUUUACAAGUUUUUGGCUGGUCUUAAUGUUGAGUUUGAUGAGGUGAGGGGGAGAAUCAUUGGUCACCCACCUUUGCCUUCUAUUGUUGAAGUCUUCUCGGAGGUUAGAAGAGAAGAAAGUCGAAGAAAUGUCAUGUUGGGAAAGAAGGUUGUUGGAGCAGCUGUUGAAGGAUCAGCUUUAGCUACUACUAAUGGAGGAGGCUAUAGUAGAUCCACUUGA